CAUGGCGCUGCGAGGGUUGAGUUGCUGUGCUCGGUUUGUGCUUCAUCACCGUGAGCGUGCUGUAUUUCGCGGGGCAGUGCAGUCGGGCUGUUUUGAAGGCAGAGGUGGAGCCAAACGGCAUCUCCUGUCAGAGGAUGUGGUGAAGCUCCAAGAUUUUCAGCAGAGGAAGCUCGCCGUGGCCCAUCAGGUGUCUGGACCAAAAAGUCAUUAUUUUGAUACCCUAAAUCAGAAAAUGGAAAGGAAUGAGCUGAUUCUGAAGGAUGAACUGAAGCUGCUUCUGCAUCUCUGUCACACGCCUGAGGAUAUGGUUACAGCCAGAAAUGCAAUCUAUAGAUACCAUGAAGAAAAUCGUAAUGUAGCAUUUGGAGAUUUCAGGUUUGGACCUUUGUUCAUGCGGCUCUGCUACGAGCUGGGUCUGGAGGAUAUGGCAGUCUCUACACUAACUGAUCGGACACUAAAAGGAUUCUUUUCAGAUGGUACAUCUUUUAACAUUGCCAUAGACAUGCUUUUCACGAAAGAGUGCUAUGAGGGUGCACUGGAGGUGGUGGGGGACAUGAAAAACCAAGGCGUACCUUUCAACAAGGACACUUUCACACUGGCGUUCGCUACCUGCUACAAACUAAACACCCCUAAGUCAUAUCGUAUCUGCUUGGCCCUGAUGGAAGAAGGCCAGACCAAAGGCAUUCUAAUCCCCAGACAUGCCUAUUGCUGUGCAGUUGCUCUCGCUCUUAAACAAAAUGACACUGAGCAAGCGCAGAGUAUCUACUCUCAAAUCAUGAGCAUAGACAGCAGACUAUGCCAGAACCUCAGGGUGCUGAUGUUGGUUAAGACAGGAUCGAUUAAGGAUGCAGUUGAAGCUCUCACGACAGCCCUGCUGUCCAAGAGUUCAGUGUUUGUAAGGAAACCAGAGUUCUCCCAAGAAGUGGUAGAUGUGUUAAGAGAGAGAAGUUUAGAUGGGCCCUGGGAGCUGCAGGUGGAGCAGGUAGUGCAGCAGCUGCAGCAGGCGGGUCAGGUGACUGCGCAGAGCCUGGAUGACUUGCUGUGCCAAACCCCCUCAGGGAAGAGGAGACCUCAUGGUAUUCUGGAGGAGGGCAGGAAAAGGGGCCACAGCCGAAGGACUAUGAGACCUCUACGGUCCACCCUGCUGUCAGAGUGAAGGAACAAAUGCGCUGGGAUGGUCAUGGCCACAGCUGAAAUCCACAGUUAUCACGCAGACCAUGCCUGGGCUUAAAGGAAGAGCUUGGCAAAAAAUCAAAUGUACACAAUUUUCCCCACUUACGCCAGGUGCAGUUGAUCAGCCAAGACAUGUUUGAUAUCCAAACUAUUUUUAUUUUAACACUUGAUCAACGAGUCAAACAUUACUAACAAGUGCUAGCAAAUAGCCAAAACUUUUCUGUAAAUAUAUCCCCAAAUAUCUCUCAACCUACUUAAAGAAUUAAAGGGGAACUUUAGAAUUUAAAUGGUUAAGAUAUAAACAGUCAUUCAGAGUGAUUUGAAAUGGAAUGCUCCAUUCUGGACAAAUUUACAGAGGCAGAAUUGUUCUCAGAGGUGGUGAAAGGAACCAGGCAUCUGUAAAGUUACAGACAUCUGGCUGAUCGACUUCAUCUGGGGCAAGUGGGGAAAAUAAACAUUUUUUUGCUGAACUAUCCCUUGAAGAUUCCAGUUAAUAAUGGAAGCAUGAGAGGUGGCCGCGACCUUCCAGAUGAUGGUACGUCCAGACAAUAGUGGAGUUAUUGGAUUCAGGCCAUUUUGUUAGUCGGCUUUGUCAAAACAGGACUUGUGAACAGCAAGUUGAAGUGAUCCUCAAAUUGAGGGCAUGUCUGUAAUAUCCAGUUUGUGGCCUCAUAGGCUGUUAUCAAUAUGGCAUUUCUGAGAUUGCAUUCAAAGAGCUCUUUUUAGGUUUAUACAUGGACAAGACCAGUAAAAGGAGUUUUUCACCUGCUGGAGAAUAAAUUCAUCUGACUGAAGAUAACACUCAAUUUAACAGAGCUAUCUUUUUUUCUUUGGAUCUUCUGAAAGAGACAAUCAUCUGAUAAAGAAAGAUUAUUAAAUUAUUACAAACUAAAUAAACAUGUAAAACCUC